AUUUAUAACUAUACAUAUCCGAUAAUUAUAUCUGGAUCGUUCGCCAGAACGUAAUUAUGGAUUGUAAGCAUUUUGUAAGCAAUUUAUUGUGACCAAAGGGGAAAAAGUUACGAUGUACACAAUAUCCCCAUUUACUGUGCUGAGCAUGUGGAACUGCGCAUGCGUGGCCUGAAACGUCACGCCAGCGCCAAAUAAUCCAUGCAGCGACGGAGCGAAUAGCCUAAUACCUUUUAUAAAAGUCAAAUGAAUGUAAUAAUUAUGAUAUGUUCUAUCAUGCAUCAUAGCUGAUAGCUAAACACUGUUUAUUUACCAUGCCAAAAUCAAACAAAAAAUCUAGCGUACAGUCAAAGUCUUCUAUUAGCAGAUUCUUUAGUGGAUUUAAGAAGAAAACAGAAGGGGAUGGAUCUGCAGAAGAUGCACGCAGGUCACACGGCUUUGCCGCUAAGCACUUCGGAGGCAAGGGGAUGAAGAAGAAACUGUGUGAGGAUGAGGGUGGAUCCCAAAUAAAACGGUUUCGGAUUUCCCAUGAUUGGGAAAAGGACAACGCAGUCUGCAGUGACAGAGUUGAAGGUGAUGGACAAGUCAACUCUAGAAGCAGUUUGUCGUCUGCCACCAUGCACCGGCUCAGAAGCUUCCGGUGCCCUGGAGAAGCAGAGGACAACAGAAGCCCGCGGCUGAUGGUGAGAGGUAGUGGGACUGAGAGCCAUAACGUGGGACAUACAGAGGGACCAUCUAACAGUGUCGGAUGUAAGCCAGAGGAACAGGAGACGAGUCUGGGUGUAUCGCCUAAAACUCAGGGCUUUACCCUGAGUCGCUUUGCCAGCUCGAGCAGUGGAGGUACCGUAGCGACAAGCACUGCUCAGAAAAAUUCCAGCGACAGCAGUGGCAUCAACAGGAGAACCAAAAGCAUCUACACUCCUCUGGAGCAACAAUUCAUGGACAUCAAGGAGCAGCACAAAGACGUCCUCCUGUGUGUUGAAUGUGGCUAUAAGUACAGGUUCUUUGGGGAAGAUGCAGAGAUUGCAGCAAGGGAACUGAACAUUUUCUGCCACAUGGAUCAUAACUUCAUGACGGCCAGUAUCCCCACACACCGUCUGUUUGUUCACGUUCGGCGUCUGGUCUCCCAGGGUUACAAGGUGGGCGUGGUGAAGCAGACAGAGACCACUGCACUGAAGGCCUCGGGGGCUAACAGGAGCUGCCUGUUCACACGCCAGCUCAGCGCCCUCUACACCAAGUCCACCCUGGUUGGGGAAGAUAUGAACCCACUGCUGAAGCCAGGAGACCUGGAGGAAGCUGCAGAUGUGGUCGAUACCCCUAACAGCUACCUGAUGUGUGUGAGUGAGAGCUGGGACAGUCUGAAGAAGGAGUUGACAGUGGGGCUUGUGGCAGUGCAACCCUGCACAGGAGAUGUGAUGCUGGACUGUUUCCCUGACGGGCCCUCCCGUGCGGAACUGGAAAGCCGCGUGAUGCGUGUCCAGCCCGUGGAGGUCCUACUACCUACUGACGUCUCUGAAGAGACAGAGCGUUUGCUGUGGGGAAUUGCAUCGGCCAGGUGAGUCCUUUGAGAGGAAGAUGAGUGGCUGUCUUCGGAAAUGGCUGAGACUUCCACGCAGCCUUACUAGUGCAGCACUGUUUGGGUCAAGCAAUACCCUCCAGCUACCAUUUAGUGGCCUUACUGAAGAAUUCAUGGUGGCAUGCACACAAGAAGCCCUACAGUACAGGGACUCUAGGGACUGUAAGGUGUCAUCAGCCAACAUUGAGGUGAGGACGGGGAGGAAAUGGAGAGUAGAGAAGGCUGUGGAAGAGGCAGAGUCACACCUGAGACAAAAGACUCUGGUGGGCACCUUGGCAACAGGCAGAGCUGGUUUGGGUUACUUCCCAAAGACCCAGCUCGGCAAGGGUAAGGAGCGACACCAACUACUCCAGGAAGAGGUUCGAGCAAGUGUGGAGGAAGAACGAGUGAGUAGGGCAGUAGGACUCCAAGAACUGGGAGUGUGGACAAGGUGGGAGAACAUCCUACAGCGAAGGAUUGCCUGGUCAAAUAGCAUGCAGUAGACUUUUUUCGCCUCUGUUUCCUGGUGCAGGCAGAUGCCCUACCAAGCCCAGCAACCCUGCACGUCUGGGAGAAGAGUGACACCCCUUGCUGCCCACUUUGCUCAGGAAGUGGCUUUCUAGAACAUCUCCUUAGUAGCUGCCCAAAGGCUCUCGCAGAUGGCCGCUCUCGCUGGCGCCAUUACCAGCUAAUCAAGGCAGCUGCUGAGAGCUUGGUCUCAGCCAUCAACACUAGCAAAUACCACCGUGCCCCUAAGAAGGCAGUUACCUUUGUCAGAGCUGGAGAGUCAUAGGCACAGGAAACGGUAAAAACAGGUCUCCUCCGCUCUGCUUGCAACUGGCAGCUGCAGGUUGACCUGGGAAAAGCAGCUGAAGUUCCCACAGCACAGUGUCACCACAUCACUCCGGCCAGAUAUGAUCAUUACCUCUGAGGCUUCAAAACAACUGAUCAUGCUGGAGCUGACAGUGGCCUGGGAAGAGGAAUCGAGGAAGCCAAUGAGAGGAAAAGCGCACCAAGUACCAGGAACUAGUGGAGGAAUGGAGGGAUCGUGGCUGGAGGGCACUCUGUGAACCCAUAGAAGUCGGCGGUAGAGGGUUUGCAGGACGAUCACUCUGCAGAGUUCUCAUACAGCGGCCAAGAAGAGGGCCAAUCAAGCCGCAAGUGAAACCGCAGAGAAAACCACAAGGUGGCUUUAGUUGAAGAGGGCUGAUCCGUGGAUGGUUGCUGGGACGCAAGUUGGGGCCUGAUCAACUCUGGCUGAGUCGCCUGGACGAGGUUGUAUGGUGUUGUGAGACACGAAACACCCGAUGACCUCAGGAUACAUCACUGAAGAUGUGUCCCAGUGCAUCUGGGAGAUGUUUCUUCCAUUGAGGGAAAUAAUUUCAUGUUUACUUGCUUAUCUAACAUCAGUGUCUACUCAUAAUGUUUAGUAUAUUCAAUAUUCUGUAUUAUUUUUUAUUAGACGUAUUAAAUAAAAAUAGAUAUUUAAAUUCAAAAUUGAAAUAAAAUAUGCAGUAAAUGGUAUCUGUAACACCAACGGGAUUGAUAGAUGGCUGAACGGAAGGGAUGGGGGAGGUUGGUAGGUCAUAUUUAAUGCAGGUUCUUUGUAAUAAUUCAGCACUCUGGCUCUUUCCCAGGCAGUCAUUCAUUGCUGCUCAGUGUGUCUUCUUGAUGUAAAGCCCAACAAUGAAUGUUACUAAUCUACUAACAAUUGCUUUAAAAAAUGGUAAGCAGUAUACUUACUGUCAACACAUGAUAUAAAAAUAUAUCUAACGGGAUCGUUUCUGUGGAUCAGUUUUUUAUGCAUCUACAAAGAGUAGGAUAUUGACUGCAACUACAGACAUUUCCAGUUUUCACACAAGAAAAAUGAGAAUGACAUAUUUUUCCUUUCCUUUUUAUUUUCUUAAGUUGCAGUGGUUUUUAUAAUAAUAAUUGAAUAACUGAAGAUUUGGGAUUCAUGAUCGUCUUACAAAGAGUGACCUAGAUGCUGUACAUCUGCAAUUUAAAGAAAUAUUUUCUGUAGCUUAGGGGGGAGAAUCGUAGGAAAAUGGCUUUAUUUUGUAUUUGGAUGUCAUGGGGGAAGAAUUAAAAUAAUUUCACCUGCUUGCGCAUACUGCAUGAGGGUGCUGUAUGCUGGAUUUUGUCAUUUUAAAUAUUGUGAUUGUUUACUUAUUUUGAAAACAUUUUCCUAGACAGUGUUUUGGUUGUUUAGUUAAGUUAUCCCGUCCUGUCCAGGGUGUACCCCUGCCUUGUGUCCCAUGAGGUCUGGGAUCGACUCCAAUCCUCCACAAGCCUCAGUACAUAAAUGCUUUGGAGGGGGAAGGGACGGACGGAUGGAAUAUCAGUCCAAUAAUUAGCGUCUGGCU